AUGCCGGACGUGGUUGAACUUCGAUACGAACUGGAGUCAAAGGCAGCCAAGCAGUACGCCACAAUUGACACUGCUAAUGCUUUUUUCUCUAUUCCUUUGGCAGCACAGUGCAGGCCACAAUUUGCUUUUACCUGGGGGGGUAUUCAGUAUACCUGGAAUCGAUUACCCAAAGGGUGGAAACACAGCCCUACCAUCUGCCAUGGACUGAUUCAAACUGCCUUGGAACAAGAUAAAGCUCCAGCACACCUGCAAUACAUUGAUGACAUGAUUGUAUGGGGUGACACAGCAGUUGAAGUCUUUGGGAAAGGUGCAAAUUUCAGUGGAGAAGUGCUGGAGGCUGUAGCUGCUGGGUUAGACCUAGCAGAUGGGGAGUGCCUGGCCGUCGGCGUGAAGUGGUACAGCUGCCGCUGCACUGCUGCCUGCGUUCACAUCACUGCAGUGCUGGCCUUGGCCAAGGCUCGAAGCCACCGCAAGAGGAGGGGAAUCAAGGCCAUUGAAAGUCCCAACAAAGAUGAUGACACACAGUGGCUGACUUACUGGGUUGUGUACGGCGUUUUCAGCAUAGCAGAAUUCUUCUCUGAUAUCUUUCUGUCCUGGUUCCCUUUCUACUACAUGCUAAAGUGUGGCUUCCUGUUGUGGUGCAUGGCUCCAAGUCCUUCUAAUGGGGCAGAGUUUCUCUAUCACCGAAUUAUCCGGCCUUUCUUCCUGAAGCAUGAAGCUCAGCUCGACAGUGUUGUUAAAGACCUGAAAGACAAGGCUGCAGAGACUGCAGAUACCAUCACUAAAGAAGCCAAGAAAGCAACAGUGAACUUAUUGGGUGAAGAAAAGAAGAGCACUUAAGCUAUUAACUGGAUAAAGUUUCCCUACCGCCUCCUUUAUGAAGCUUGAUGUUACUGGAAACUGUGGUAUAAUUUUAAUAAUAUUGCCUUGGAAACAUUUUGGUAUAUUAAAGGAAUGUGUUGUAAGUUUGCUGACUGCUUUGCUGUGUCUGUAUAGGAAGUAAGCGUUUUUAUUUAAAGGCAAUGCAGUGGGCAGCAUCUGAAGCUUAAUGAAAAUAUUUUCAUUCGUCUUCAUGCACAAGAAAUCUUUCAGUAAUCUCCUUUUACAGUACCAUAAAUAAAAAGAAUAUAUCCUACAGGCUCUGCA